AUGCCGUCAAUUUCCUUACCACAUGCAGGCCGGGCCCCCGGAAAUGUACGACCAAUCGCGCCGCUUCAUGACGAUAACCUCCCGGCCAUGAACUCAUCCUUGAACCUUUUCCAUCUGCGCACUUCCACCCCUAGGGACAGUCAUUGCCGAAGCCCGGGAAGAUGCGGGAUUGUGUUGGGCAUCUCGACCCUUCGUCCGCCGAAAACCGAGAACUCACGACUCCAAGAGGCAACCUCGUGGCCGCCGCUUCCUCGGUCCAUCGUCUCCCACUUCCCCGCGAUAACCUCCUUCAUUGCCGGAGAAAUUCCACCCAACUCGGCUCAUCUCGUGUUCCUGAUAUCGUGACACUCCACUUCCAAGAGUUUCUCUUCCCGUCCUCCGGCGCAAAGAGACCUCAAUCUCGGGUCUAAACCACGAGCUUGCAUAUGUACAUGUCAUGGUUUCGCAACAUUU